AUGCCGCAAAUAUUUAUUGCCGAUUUAGACAUUGCCAGACAUGUAUUCAAUGGACCGGAUGUUGCCGGCAGACCAAAAACUUAUCUCGCCAGCACCUUUUCAAUAGAUAAUGUACAGCCAGUUGCAUUAUCCGAUUUCAAUAAUUCAUGGAAACAACGUAGAAGUAUUGAACAUAUGUGUACAGUAUACACUUCCGAUGACUUGAUAUUCAAAAAAAUCAAGUAUUUGUUACGAGAUUUUAGCGUUGAUUCGGGUAAUCGUGUAUUUUUAUGGCAAAUUUGUCCAUUAGUCCAAUGGAUUGACUAUAGAUUAGUUAGAAAACAUAAUCAACUGUUUGCCGAAUGUCGGUCAUUGAUUACCGACCAACUGGUCGAUCGCUAUGCUAAUGGUGGCGACUAUAGUAACGAUAGUAUUAAUUUUCUUAACAAUAAUGAUGACGAUUAUGAUGAUGCUAACCACGACGAUAUAAUUUGCGAUACACUGAUCAGGGAGUAUAGUAAGGGCAGACAUCGGCGGUCAAUAGUCAAGACAUCGACGACAACUGAAUUUCAAGCAAAUACCGAUUCACUGAUACAGUCGUCGAUGUUUAGUCUGAUAGUCGGCGGAGUCAACUCAUCGCAACUGGUCUUUCAAUGGCUGCUACUAUUGUUAGCCUAUUAUCCCGUUAGUCAACAAAGAUUACGAUCGGAAAUUAGCCGCGAAAUUGGCGACCGUUUGGCCAGACAUCCAGAUAGACAUCGGUGUCAUUAUGUAAUGGCAUUUAUAGCCGAAACGUUGAGAUUUCGAAAUCCGGCCACUUUUGGUGCACCACAUAAAACUGUCCGUAAAACAAAAAUCGAUAAAUGGACAGUACCCAGUGGUUCGGUAGUUAAUUUUUUUCAAACAUAUGUAUUACUUGAUGACAAACAUUUUCCAAACGGCUCGGAUUUUAUACCCGACCGUUUUCUGGACAGUGAUGGCCAUUAUCUAACAAAUCCAUCGCAUCCGUCAUUCAUACCCUUUGGUGUGGGACGUCGUCAAUGUUUGGGCAUCAAGUAUGCCAUCGCCGAAAUGUUUUUAGUUUUGUCAUAA